UUGCCAUACAGAAUGUAGGUUAUGAGUAUUUGACUGCUGUUUAUGGUGUCGUGUUGUUUAUUUCUUACUCUCAAUCAUGAACGGUCUGUCUUUACGAGUUUCGACGAUUAAAAUGUCCGAAAAUGUGAAGAAAAACAGUGAAAUACAAAUUUCAGUCAUAAAAGUGACUGACAAAUGCCUAAACCGUUUCGCUAGCCAAUUUGCCGAAGAAUCUGAAGCGUAUUCGUGGCUUAGUGAAUUUAUAGAUGCAACUUCAAUCGAGCAACAGUUGUCCUCUGUUAAAAAACUGUUCAACGUACUCGAAAGCCGAUCAUCAUCGACAGAGUUAUGCAAACAUAUCGUCGAAUUUCUAUCAGAUUGGUAUUUCAUUGCACCGCUCCGGCAUCCCGUUCGUAAUUUAAUUGCCAGGAACUUUGAUAAAAUGGCAACGCAUCAAACGGUCAUCAUUAAAUGUUUGGCAGAGACUGCUAUCAAGAAUUGCACGAAAAUUGACAACUCAAGUUCGGUGAACGAGCUGAACACUACGGUGAUAUCACUGGAAGGGUUUGCCGAUAACUUUCACAUUGGAAUCUUGGCAUUACAUCAAUGUUUUGACGCAGUGUUCCCGUUGUUGGUGACGUCCAUAACACAGUAUCUGAUGGAAAUCGAGAAGCCAAAUUCACCGGCCAAUUUAAGUGAAAUUUUCAUUUUCCUGCAUGGUUCCGUCAGACUAUCACUGUGGUAUGUACAGAGAUGUGUCGCCGAUCGAUCGUUGAAAAAGACAGACCAACUGGCCGAUUUGGCCAAGUUUUGCAAAAUCAUUAUCAACUGCGCGGCAGUGCCAAUGGACACGAAACUUAACUGUGGCAUUUUUCUGGUGCUCAACGAGAUUAUCAGGGACAAUCUGCAGGAAUUGAGUAGCCAUUUAGCAGCAAUCAGAGUAACACAAUCGACUGAGACGAACGUGGACACGUUGUGCUGGUGUUAUGGAUUGUGCAAUACAUUACCGUCCAGCGACCUAUUCCACGAAAGGGGAUCAUUGUUGAUCGAAGUCAUCGAAAUUCUGAGAACGAUCGCCGACAAAUACUCUAACGAGCAAACCAUGCUACUGGGUGCCUGUAGAGCAUUAGUCCAAAUGACCAAAUCUUUUCUGACUCUUAACAUGGUUUCGGCAUCGGAAAAUGCCACAAAAAGUGCAUCUAUGACCGAACUGGUGCCACAUUGUUUGUCUUUCGUCUGGUCCUAUUUCGAACAUCAUCUGGAUACGGUGCGUCACUUCUGCAAGGACAUUUACCGAAAUCUUCUAAAAUUAUCGCAGCGACAUGACCGUGAUUACACAUUCAUCCUGAGUACUGUUCUGGCAACGGUAAAAAAUCAGGAAAUUAGCCGAAAUGCUCAGUACGUUGCGACUGAGCAUCUUUGUCAGGAGAUGCAAGUGGAAAGCAUCCUGGACUCGUGGCCAACCAUUUUCGACGAUUUGUUCAACAACUUGGAUGAUCCGAAGUGUUUGUCCUGCUACCAAAAAAUGAUGUCCAUUCACUGCAAGGAAAUCGAUGUUCAAUCCUGGUUUCAGAUAUGGAUCCGUCCGUUGCUAUGUGAUUCGGCAGACAGUGUUGACCUUCAAACGAAAGAGUGUCUGGUGAAUGUAGCGAUAAAAACCCAUCCCAUGGUUCCCAGCUACUUUCUGCAGGAAAAGGAUAAACUACCGCUGGAACUCUAUCUGUUCGUGGUAUCAACAAUUCGCCGGAAUGGAUUGGUGUUGGGUAAACAUUUUGUACCGGCUGAUGAUGAAUUUAUCUGUGGGGCUAAGUUCCACAGCAAUGACGACAUUCGCAUCAUGCAUUUGCGCAUAUUUGUCGAAGUACAAAAAACGACGCGACCGUUCACUGCCGACGAUUUAAAUGAAAUUCUGGAAUUUUUGUACUACAACAGCAACUGUCAAAGUCCAGCAUUCCGUCAAAAGAUCAACGCGUUCAUGACAAAGGCAUUCAACCGAAUCGAAGCCUCAUAUCCUUCUGUGCUCAAAGAUCCACUGAAGACGACCCACACUGCCUACAUAGAAUUUCUGGACAAAAUGAAGCAGCUUUGCCUUUCGAACAUUUUUGACGGUGCCAACUUCAGCCGAAGAGCGAUUUCGCUGAGUUUACUUCUGCAAACGGUGACCGUGUCUGGGAAAAACAACAAAAUUUCACCGGAAGCCUUGUGGACGACGGAAUCGUUUGAGAAAUUAGUUCAAUCGUUGAGCGACACCUAUGAGGCAAAUAAAGCUUUUGCUGUGGACAUUAUUCGACUUUGCCCGAAAGAAUUGGUACCCACGUCUGACCGAUUCGAUCUUCAGUACUUAAAAGAUCUGACAACUAGUGUGAAGCCCAUGGACUGUCUUACGGCUGCAUAUUCACUGGAGUACUGUUGCAUAACGGGCAUAAAUUUCAGUUCAUAUUUGGAAGCAAUCUCUUGGUGCAACGAAAUUCUGGUCGACGGACUAAAGACUGCACAAUCAUCGCUGCUGAUUGCAGCUCGUACGAAUCCACUCUUCGGACUCAUAUUUUGCAUUCGACACUUGAUGAACCGAGUUGACCUGAAAAAGACAUACGAACCACGUUGGAGAGACUUUGUAAAGCAACUAAUCGAACUUUGUAAAAAGUUAACCGAAGUGGUUGGACCAAUUGUUAAUAGUUCAUCACCCGAGGGCCACUUACCCAAUGAUCACAGUAAUGUCAGCAAUUUUCUGCCGAACGAGAUCGAUUCCGCAAACGGUCCACCAAAUAAAAUCCUAUCGCCUCGGUCUCAACACGACAAUACUGAGUGCCUGUCCACGACUCCUCAAAUGCUCCUUCUAUGUUCAUGGCGAACGGUCAAGGAAGUUUCGCUGCUUCUCGGAGAUUUAACGUUGAACGCACCCAUUCUAACCGAGUCCAGUCCGGGUGUGGUAACAGUCGAAGAAAUUCUUGAAAUCGGAAAUCAUUUCCACGUCCUACUGUCCGAAACGAAACAUCGAGGGGCGUUCGAACAGGCGUUCGUUGGUUUUUCCAAACUGUGUGUUAGGCUGUGGAGAGCAAAGGAAUCGCGGUUGCAUCAAUUGCCAAUGAUUUGGUUGAAGGAUUUGCUGAACAUAAUCUCGGGAAACGACAGCAGUUCGGCGACCGAUUUAAAAUUCGACAAAAUUUGUUCGACUCGGCGCAGUGCCGGUGUACCAUUUAUGAUUCAAGCCAUUUUAACGUCAGAGCUGCAAGUUUGUACUACCAAUGGUCUGAAGUACUCGAUGGUCACUCUAUUGGAAAUCUGUCGGAACGGGAGUGCAGCUGAGGCUAGAACUCAUGCGUUGAACAUUUUACGCGCCCUCUUUAGAUGUACGGACUUGGGUGACUCCAUUGGCGAAUACAUAUCGGAUGGAAUCGAGUGUGCUAUUCGUGGGUACUCAUCGGACAAUUGGCCGGAACGGAACUCUUCGACGUUGUUGUUUUCAUCAUUGAUCAUCAGAGUGUUUGGGGUGCAACGAACCAAAGAUUCCGAGAACUUAAACAUCCGCAACAAAAUGACUGGACGAAUAUUCUUUUUGAAAUACCCACGGCUGUUCGAUUUCUUCAUACUCGAACUUCAAUCGGCGACACGAUCAAUUGAAAAAGAUCAAGUACCACCCACGUUGCAUCCGCUUUUGAUUUUAUUGAGUCGCCUGUAUCCAUCGGCUGUUGAUGGCUGUUCAUCUAAUUUGAAAUUGUCUCUGUUGCUGCCGUUUAUUGCUCAGUGCACGCAUAGUCCGGAAUUGGGAACACGUAAAUUGGCGGUUAAGUCGAUAGUAGCAUUAGUGCCGCAGUAUGAGCUGUACAAUUAUGUGAACGGGGUUGUUAAGCAACUGCUGGAGAAUGGCACAACAGCAAAUAUGAACUCGAAUGCAAUCCAUGGAAGUUUACUGCAGAUUUAUCAUCUUAUCAAAUCCGUUGACACGAAACUCUUUGCCAAACACUUCGACGAUUUUGUGUCGCUAACGAAAGCGUACCUGAACCUGAACGUAUUGGACAGUAACAACUUCGUGCUAGUCAGAGUGUAUGUGGACUCGAUUAUUGAAAUCUUAAGAAGGAUCGGUUCCAGUAAAGUUUCCGAAACGGAUCUCAGCGCUUCGCUCGUCAAAGUCACUGGAUUUCUCUCGACGGUUCUUUCCGAGCAUCAGAACAACUCUAUCGGAUUUCCACUUGCAUUGAAAUCAUGUCUGGUGCUGCACUCAAUGAUCAAUAUUCACCAAAUACACCAACUGAGUUUCGUACAAAAUCUUUUCCAACGUCCGUACGAGUAUGUCGAAGCUGCAUUAAACAUCAUCCUUCUGGUACUGAACCACACCGGUCCCGAUAACAUUUUCGAUCGGUUCGAAUGCGAUCGCAAUGAGCGCCAGUUUCUGGAUUACUUAACAAUCGGACAGCAAGAAUCGUUACGCCAUUCGAUUAUCGGCGCGGAGCAAUUAAUAUCAGAAUUGAAUCGAAUUAUCGACGAUGAGACGACAUUCUAUCCAUUUUGCACCGUUAAGGCGUACACAGUGUUGGGUGAUCUGAAUUUGCAUACCGUUUCGGAGGACGAUCUUCUUGACUUGAUUGAGAUUCGAACCGUUGAUCAAAUCGAUGAUGUGAAAGCAUCGAUUGUACAAUAUGCUGGUAAUCAUUUAAGCAAAUUUUUCGGUACGAUGAGCGAAGCGAGCGUUAUGAGGUUGCUGACGAAACUGCGAGAAAUGGCUUCGCCAGAUGGUAGUGAUGAAUUGAGGAGCUCCGUUUCACUGGUGGUAUCCAAAAUGUACAGAACGUGGUCAAGUACAACGUCUGUGCUGCUUUUCGCAGAUAUCGUUCUGAUACUGUUACGAGACGAAUGUUCGGAUAUAAGAGACACGAUGUCCCAAUUCGUACAGUACUCGAGUUAUAAGCCGGCAGUCUUACCCAGUCUGGCUGAAGAACAGUUCAUUGAUUGGUUGGACCAACAAUUGGAACUCUUAAAUACCGAGAAACCGUGGACCGUAUGGAGACAAUUAAUUACAAAACAAUUUGACAGGAAGUCAUCGGAGAAUGAAGAUACGAUCGAUGAAGUGUUUGAGCGAAGCGAAUCAAAUGUUUUCGGUGAGGUGGUGUUGGUGUGUAGAAAAUUGAUGGGAAAGUUCCACAAAAGCCUAACUGAAUCAGGCUUAAGUGCUGAAGAUGUUGACGAGAAUAUUCGAUCAAUUGAAUCUGAUUGGCCAGAGUUGUCUAACUGUGAAAGUUAUUACAUGAAUUUGAAUAAAUGAAACUGUAGCGGAAACGCGA